GAUGCUUUCAGUAUAAAAACCAGUUCGUAGACAUCUGAAACAUUAUCAAGUUUGUAUUCAAACGGUAAACAUGUUCAAGGCUGUACUUUUGGUCUGCGCUCAGGCGCUCUUCAUCCAGUCCAUCGCUGGACAAUGCAUCGGAGCUGGAUGGGGCGCUCCUUUAGCCGCUGCUCCUUACGGUCUCGCCGGUCCUUUUACUGGUACCUGUGGCUGCGGAGUUGCCGCUCCUGCCUCUAGCGGUGGCGGUCUCGGUGUCGCCAGUGCUUCUCCUAUCCCACCGAACGGAGUAUCUGUGCUCUCAGAAAACGCUAUUGAAGGAGCUCUCGCAGUCACCGGUGCUCUGCCUUUCUUGGGAACCGUCGCUCUAGAAGGUGUUCUGCCAACUGCUGGUGCUGGUGCUGUCAACUAUGGUUGUGGCAACGGAGCCGUCGCCAUUGUGGAGGAACUCGCUCCCGCUGGUAUUGCUGGCCCACUCGGCUAUGGCCUUGGUCCUUAUGGUGCUAUUGACGGUUUCGGCUACGGUGGUUUCGGCUACGGCGUCGGAUCUCUCGCUGGCCCUUACCACGCUGGUUGCGGCUGUGGUGCCCUUAUCUAAACAAAAAAUACCGCUUCAAUGAAUUUCAACUCAUAUCAUAAUAA